AUGGACUGCUUUCGCAAUCCCACUUCGUUCUUCAAGUGGGUGGGCUUUCGGAACUGCGACCUGCGGGUCGAAUACGUUGACAGGAACUUCCAAUUUCCUCCUACCCCGGCUGGAACGUGCGCGAGGGAGAUAAUGGCGCUCCGCAAGACCCUCCUCGACGCCCUUUACACCAACUACUCUGACCGACACACCACCGUCUCGAUCAACACAGCCCUCAAUCAUAACCAGUCCGAGAUCAACAGGCACCUGUUCUCCUACGCUUUGACCCUCUCCAUCGUUCACAUCAUUUACGAUUUCCCUUUUCUGGAGCGCCACUUUCGCGAUGGCAAGGAGGUUGAUGUCAAAGUGGUCGUAACCAUCGAGUUUUACCAGGCGCCUUGGAGAACAGGAACUAGGCGAUGGAAUAUCGGGGGUUCCUUGGACCACAUGAGCAUGAAUUGGCACAAGACCGAUGUCAAGGUCCAACACAACUUUGAGGAGACCGAACCUAUAUCGGACAGUCACCCUGUGCAACCUCACGUCGACCCUGUCGCGUCCAGUCAUGCCCCUCAUCAACCAACCGCCUCGCCUGCUGCUGCUGCCAUGAACCCCGACGCCCUGAUGACCUACAACGCCCAGACCACUGCUAUUACCUCAGGUCCUCUCAACACUGCCAGCCAGGAUUCUCAAGCGCUCUCCAGUCUUGUCUCUGGGUUUGACCUUAAUGCUGACGAUAUCUCGAUGACCCGCCGAUCUAUGACCUCCAUCAACAAAGUCAGUAUCGACUUGUCUCAACGUACUCCUUCCGGCACCGACUCAUUGUUGGAGUUGGGUUUGUCUGAUAAUAUCGCCCCAUCGUCCUCUCAAGGUCUUUUGGCCGACAACAAACCAAAGAUCUGCGAUGCCAGCCUACUCCAGACCCGUAGGGAUGACAAGCUCUGA